UCGUGUAAUUUUAAUUUAGAUGCACAAUUUAAAAUAAGUUUGAUCGAGUUCGAUUCAUUAUUUACUUACUUUACUAACUUUAUCUGUGAUCCAAUCCAAUAUACUUUUUACUAGUCAUCGGAAAAAGGUCUCUGGUGUUUUUGCUCUAGUCACAUUACUUGUUGAUUCGUGUUUCAACUCUUGAAAGUUUUUAACAAAUUGGAAUUUGUGAUUUGAAUUCAAUGAUGGGCAAGCGUAGUCUUCGAUCUGGUGGGAUAUGUCGCAAAUCCAAACGCUCAAAGUUACAUUCUUUGAACGAGGAAGUAGUCAGCCAAUACCACAACGACGACGACAAUCACGGUGGACCGUCAACUUUAUCCGGAGAAGCAUAUUAUCGACCACCAACUACACCAUUUGAGUUACCCCACAUAUUUAGGGAGAUAUUAGCCAAUUUAUCACUAAAGGACUGGAUGUCAUGCAGACUAGUUAGCAACAACUGGUAUGAUGCGUGCUCAACUGUAAGAUUGAGCAAUAAAAUCAAAAUGGUAAUACAUAACGCUGAAAAACUGAUGGCACUUGUGGAUGAAAGGAUGGAUUGUGCUCCAAAUGAUAUUCCAAACAUAUACGAGGACGUUGAAUUGCCCAUAAACGUGCCAAUCGACGAUGUCCCCAUGAGUAAUUUUCUCACAAAGUUUGGUCAUCGCAUGAAACGGCUCGUUGUUCCUGCGGGUUGGUCAAUGGAAGGAUUGAAAAACAUUUUGUUUAAACAAUGUGUCAAUUUGGAAGAACUUGUUCUGGUGAUGAAGGGAGUAAUCCACCGAGGGAGGCGUCAAGUUGUUCCUGUUGAAGGAUCAGAGCAAGAAUCCAAAUCCCCUCCCAAAUUGAAAAAGCUUAGGCUUGAAAUUUAUAAAGCCAAUGUUGACCUUCCGCCCACUUGUGUGGAUAUAAUAAAUCCCCAAUUCAUGGGAUUAGGAUCCCAUUUUACUAUCAGAGGGCACCGAGCCUAGAUCUUAUGCCUGGGAAAAGAGAGACCACUGGA